GUUUUGCAUCUCAGGCUCGCUGCUCAGAAGCAGGCGAAUGAAACUAUCGGUCCAAUUUUGAACAGAUUGAAGCGCAAAAUUAUGCUACGUUGCAUCUUCUUACUGGCCAUGUGGAUAUACACAGCGCGAAGUGUUCCCUGUGUACAUCGCGAUUUCGGUAACAACGGAAAAGUGUGUGUAUGCAAUGCUACUUAUUGCGACAGCACUCCGGUAUCCGAUAUUCCAGACAUUGGUUUCUACAUCCGUUACACAUCAAGUGAAAACGGUUUGAGGCUUCACGAGACGCGUGGCGUUUUCAGGACGGAAUGCAGUCCUGCUGAUUCAGAUAGUUUUCAACUAGACUUCGAUAAUACAUUUCAACCAAUUCAUGGCUUCGGAGGAACGUUUACCGAUGCAGCGAGUUUCAACAUAAAAACAUUGAGCCCUGGGGCUCAGGAAAAUCUAAUGAGGACAUACUUCAGCAAGGAAGGUAGUAAUUACAAUUUAGGACGUGUACCAAUUGGCGGAACCGAUUUCUCUGAAAGGCCGUACACCUACGAUGAUCACGAAGGUGAUGUGCUACUGAAAAAAUUCAGUCUGGCAAACGAAGACUUACUUUACAAAAUUCCAUUGAUGAAAAAAGCUUUGAAAAUCAACCCGGACGUUAAAUUAUUUGCAGCAGCGUGGACUGCUCCAACCUGGAUGAGGACGAAUCACAAUAACACAGGAUACGGAUUUUUACGAAGAAAAUACUACCGGGUAUACGCCAAGUAUCUUGUUGAAUUCUUGAACAAGUACGAAGACCACGGGCUGAAAAUGUGGGCUCUGUCAACGGGUAACGAACCUUAUACUGGUACCCAAAACUUAUCCGACUAUGGAAGUAUGGGUUGGCUACCAAAAAACGUCGGCAAGUGGAUAGCGAAUAAUCUUGGACCAACCAUCAGCAAAUCAAAGCAUAACAGAACUCUGAUUCUUGCCUACGACGACUCAGGAUCACACCUGGAUCCGUUCAUUAAUGACAUGUUUGAAAACAAAUUAGCAAGGAAUUACACAGCCGGUAUUGCUAUCCAUUCGUACAAGGAUGCCACGUUUUCCACAAGCUUACUUGGCGAAAUCCGUCAGAAGUACCCUGAAAAGUUUCUCAUCAUGACAGAGUUUUCCGCGGGUAAUCCACAAAAAGACAUUGGAAUUGUUGCUUCAGGAUCUUGGAAACUCGCAGAAAAAUAUAUAUUGAACAUAAUUGAAAAUUUGAAAAAUUGGGUGACUGGUUGGGUCGACUGGAAUCUCGCUCUUGACAAAUAUGGCGGACCGAAUUGGAGACAAAACUUUGUGGAUGCCCCGAUUAUCGUGAACUCGGAAGCUGACGAAUUUUACAAGCAACCAAUGUAUUACGCCAUUGCGCACUUCAGCAAGUUCAUUUCACUGGGUUCGGUGAGAGUGGGAUUUAAUCACGGGAAGAAAUCGAUCGAGGCUGUGGCUUUCAAAACACCAAAAAACGAGACCGUUCUUGUGAUGUAUAACAAUGCCACAAGAGACGAGAACGUCGCUAUUCAUGAUCCAAGGAGAGGACAAAUCCACUUACAGUUGCCACCAAAAUCAGUUCACACCAUUCUGUACAAAUAACGCACAUGGCAAUACUGAAUACGUACA